UGUCUCGAAGGCGGGGCUUCCCCUCGCCUACCCACUCCCUCCUCUCGCCUCCCACGCGGGGGGUUUCAGGAGCUACCUCACAGUGGACGCGACCCCUAGAUCUCCCGCAGAAGUCUCUGGGCCCGGGGGGCCUGGCGGGACAUGGCCUUGGCCACUGUGGCAGCAGCAAGACUGGGCCUCGGUCGGGCCCCUCCGCUCCUCCUCCGGCGCGGCUACCAGACAGAGAGGGGUGUCUACGGCUACCCGCCGAGGAAGCCCGAGAGCCGGGAGCCCCAGGGCGGCCUGGCGCGCCCCCCAGUGGACCAUGGCCUUGCCAGGUUGGUGACGGUGUAUUGUGAGCAUGGCCAUAAAGCUGCCAAAAUCAACCCCCUCUUCACUGGCCAAGCCCUGCAGGAGAACGUGCCUGAAAUCCAAGCCCUCGUGCAGACCCUGCAGGGACCCUUUAAUACCGCAGGAUUACUGAACAUGGGGAAGGAGGAGGCCUCUCUCGAGGAAGUCGUAGCCUAUCUCAACCAGAUCUACUGUGGGCAGAUUUCUAUUGAAACCUCCCAACUUCAGAGCCAGGAGGAGAAAGAAUGGUUUGCCAAGCGGUUUGAGGAACUGAAAAAGGAGGCAUUUACCACAGAAGAGCGAAAACAUCUGUCAAAACUAAUGCUAGAAUCUCAGGAGCUUGACCACUUUUUGGCCACCAAGUUUGCCACGGUGAAGCGAUACGGAGGCGAAGGAGCUGAAAGCAUGAUGGGCUUUUUCUACGAGCUGCUGAAAAUGGCGGCCUACAGCGGGGUAACGGAUGUCAUUAUUGGGAUGCCACAUAGAGGGAGGCUGAACUUACUGACAGGCCUUCUGCAGUUCCCUCCAGAGCUGAUGUUCCGUAAAAUGCGAGGCUUAAGUGAAUUUCCGGAAAAUGUCUCAGCCGCUGGCGAUGUCCUGUCUCACCUGACGUCCUCGGUUGACCUGGACUUCGGCGCGCACCAUCCCCUCCACGUGACGAUGCUGCCCAACCCCUCACACCUGGAAGCCGUUAACCCCGUGGCUGUUGGGAAGACUCGCGGGAGACAGCAGUCCAGGCGGGAUGGGGACUACUCUCCAGACGGGUCGGCUCAGCCUGGGGACAAGGUCAUUUGCUUGCAGGUUCACGGUGAUGCUUCUUUCUGUGGUCAAGGGAUUGUUCCUGAAACAUUUACGCUCUCUAAUAUCCCGCAUUUCAGAAUUGGUGGGAGUGUCCAUUUGAUUGUCAAUAACCAGCUGGGUUACACCACUCCUGCAGAAAGAGGAAGGUCUUCCUUAUACUGUAGUGACAUCGGGAAGCUUGUGGGCUGCGCCAUCAUCCACGUCAAUGGAGACAGCCCAGAGGAAGUGGUCCGGGCCACGCGACUGGCAUUUGAAUACCAGCGCCAAUUCCGGAAGGAUGUGAUUGUUGACUUGUUGUGCUACAGGCAGUGGGGCCACAACGAGCUGGACGAGCCCUUCUUCACCAACCCGGUCAUGUACCAGAUCAUCAGAGCCCGGAAGAGCAUCCCCGACACGUAUGCAGAGUACCUUAUGGCCAAUGGACUCAUGACCCAGGAGGAGGUGUCGGAAAUCAAAGCCUCCUACUACGCGAAGUUAAAUGGCCAUUUAACUAACAUGGCGCACUACAGCCCCCCUGCCACGAACCUGCAGGCCCACUGGCAGGGCCUGGUUCAGCCAGAAGCUUGCAUCACCACCUGGAACACAGGUGUGCCCCUUGACCUCCUGCGGUUUAUUGGCAGGAAGUCUGUGGAGGUGCCGGAGGAGCUCCAAAUGCACAGUCACCUUCUGAAGAUGCACGUGCAGUCCAGAGUGGAGAAAGUGAUGGAUGGAACAAAGUUAGACUGGGCCACGGCAGAAGCUCUUGCCCUAGGCUCAUUACUUGCUGAAGGUUUUAAUGUCCGUCUGAGUGGCCAAGAUGUUGGCCGUGGAACUUUUAGCCAGAGGCACGCAAUGGUUGUUUGCCAGAAGACCGAUGACACCUAUAUCCCCCUGAACCAUAUGGACCCUAAUCAAAAGGGGUUUCUAGAGGUAAGCAACAGCCCACUGUCGGAAGAGGCCGUCUUGGGAUUUGAGUAUGGGAUGAGCAUCGAAAGCCCUAACCUACUGCCCCUCUGGGAGGCUCAGUUUGGCGAUUUCUUCAACGGUGCUCAGAUCAUCUUUGACACGUUCAUCUCUGGAGGUGAGGCCAAGUGGCUCCUCCAAAGCGGCAUCGUGGUCCUCCUUCCUCACGGGUACGACGGGGCUGGACCAGAGCACUCAUCUUGUCGAAUAGAGCGUUUCUUGCAAAUGUGUGACAGCGUGGAGGAGGGCGUGGACGGGGAUACAGUGAACAUGUGCAUGGCUCACCCCUCCACGCCCGCCCAGUACUUUCACCUGCUACGGAGACAGAUGGUCCGGAACUUCAGGAAGCCCCUCAUCCUUGCUUCUCCGAAGAUGUUGCUCAGACUCCCUGCAGCUGUGUCAACUCUUCAAGAAAUGGCACCAGGAACAGCAUUCAAACCAGUCAUUGGUGAUUCAUCUGUGGAUCCAAAAAAGGUUAAGAGUUUAGUGUUCUGCUGCGGCAAACAUUUCUAUGCCCUGCUGAAGCAAAGAGAAUCUUUGGAGGCCAGGAAGCAUGACUUUGCUAUCAUCCGAAUGGAAGAACUCUGCCCUUUCCCACUGGAUUCAUUGCAGGAAGAGAUGAGCAAAUACAAACAUGUUAGAGAUUUUAUUUGGAGUCAGGAGGAGCCUCAGAACAUGGGUCCUUGGUUUUUUGUUUCUCCAAGGUUUGAAAAGCAACUGGCCUGCAAGCUCCGCCUGGUGAGCCGACCCACAUUGCCGGUACCUGCUGUAGGAAUCGGCAGCGUUCAUCUACAGCAGCAUGAAGAAGUCCUCGCCAAGACCUUCACCCAAUGAUGCCCUUCGAAGAAACACUACUUCCUUGUAAGAAAACUGCCAUAAAAAGAAAGGCUCGCCUCCUCCACUCUCUCCUCCUUCCAUUAGGUGCCACAAAAAGAAUGUAUUCCUCGAAGAUGUUGGGAUUGAUGAGGACAGAGGAGAGGUUAAUCUAGAAUACAUGGAACAGCCAAAGGAAUUGUUCAUCAAGACGUGAAUCCCACAAGUCACUUUUGUCCUUAAAAGUACCAUAGUGUUAUAUUUUGUUAGACCUGUGUGGGUUGUAGAGCUAGGUCCUUAUCCGGAUGUUUCCAGACUCGACUCUUUCUAGUUAACUGGUUAUACCCAGGAAAAGUUCUUGAGUCUGAACUUAUAGCUGCAUAGGGAUUACCUCAACAUUACCUCCCUAUUUUCUUGACACGUGACUUUCAUGAAUUUUCCCUUUUUUAUUCAAAGUCCUUGACUACCUAUAUUUUCAAUUUAUGUCAUCUCUGGUACUGCUUUCCAGCCACUGUGAAAAGUGUUUCACCAAACACUAUAGCAAAACUGUAUUAUUCCUGAUUUGUGUUCUUCAUGAUCACUAUUUUACCCAUUAUCCUUAAAUAUAGGUCUUAUUAAAUAUAAACCUCCGGGUGUAUGAGCCUUUAGCGCAGUAUUAUUAAGCUGAGUUAUAGUUACAAUGAAAUUGAUUUGUGGUCUACUUUGCCAUAGUAUCUUUUUUUUUUUCCUUAAAUUGUUCUUGCCGCGAUACCUUAAUAUUUUUAAUUAACUCUGGAUGUCUGAUAUGGGGAUUUCAGACCCUGGUUGAUCAUCAGCCUUGCCUCUAAAAAUCCCUGCUGUCAUACGAUGUUAAUUUGUGAUAGUUAAGGAUCACUUUAACUUUGAUAGCGGGAACUUCCCAACAUCAGGCACUUUCUGGAUUUCUAGAGGUCACCAACUCACUCCCUUAUUCUGAAAUUAAGCUUAUAACUGGAAGUAUAACUAAAUAUCAGCAAACUGUGUACAUUUACAUGGCUUGGUGCUGCAGAGCACUACCAUGUACCAUUCUCAUGCUGGGACACUGUUUUUCUCAGAAAUGGGGGAAGUACUGGGGCCCUGUAACACCCUCUCCACUUUUACUGGCAACUUUUAAUGUCUUUCAGAAUCAGUGUAUAGGUUGUUCUGGCCACAGCAGUAGAUUCGUGAUUCACAUCUUAAACGUGUACAUUAGUGUACUGAUGUACCGUUUCUGUAAUAUUCACAUCCCUUUUAUUCCUAUACAUGUGAAUGCUUUCUUCCUUCGCCAAGCCUUAUAAAUCAUGUAACUUAGUGCAAGCCUUAUAAAUCAUGUAACUUAGUGCCAUGCAUGUCAACCAGUAAAAUUACAAAGGUCUGUUUAAUGAGAACGGUUAUCAAUGUUGUAUAUUGAACUAGAAAGAAAAUAAAAGCACAGUGUCAUUUGUUUUUCA